AUGCCGGCCUCAUAUGAGGACCAGCCCGGCAAUCUUCCUCAAGCGGAAGAAGCUAGCCCGGAGCGUUCAACUUUACCAGAUCUACCCGUGGAACCAGAGAAGGUAUACGCUGGAUGCGUGCCCGACCAGCCAGAGCAGCCAGAGCAUGAGAUGCCAGUCCGCUCAUCUGAUGCUGCAGCACAGAGCGCCUCUCCAGGUGUCGUUCCUACAGUAGAGGACUGUGAUGGCAACGGAUCUACAGGGAGCGCAGUCUCCCACUCUCCUCAGACCUGUGCCAACGCUACGGAGCCUUUCGGCUUAUCCGAAUACUUGAAUGGGAUUUCGGGAUUGCAAUAUGUCAAGAAUUUUAACGAGCAAUUUCCGAAUGCAGACGAUGGCCAGUCCAAUGAUGAGGCACGCGAACUCUUCGUGCAAGACGAUCGUCAACAGCUACUAGCUGCCAUACGUGGCUACUUUCCGGCCGAAGUAUUAGACUUAGCCGUGGAGACACCAGACCAGAUGACUAUGAAACCAGACUUUGGCAGCCCCUAUUGUGAGGAGCAUGGAAAUUCCCAUGAACAGAAGGAUACUUCCCUUGACCCCCCCAGCUUUGGUGAGCCGCCAUUCGAUGAAUCGGCGAGGCAGAAGCGGACGACCAAGCCGGGCAAGUCGACAGGCAAAUCGACAAGACCCCGACGAAAGACUGCGCGAGAACAGGCAGUCAAACGACACGAGAAGGAACGGCGUGAAUUCAAGGAGCACGUCCGAAAAGAAAUGGCAUCGAAAGGACCUGAUGUGUCGCCUCAGGACAUCGACCUGCCUCAACCCAAGAAAAGACGAAAUAGGUCAGGGGGGGCCGCGGCUGGCGCUGUCGAAGAAGAGGCUGACGGGGGACUGAGCCAUAUUCAGGCGAAUGACAAGGAGAUCGUAGUGGCCAGAAAGCGACGCCACGAAGAGAUUGCAAAGUCAGUCGUUACGACCGGCUUAAGCAACCGACACACUGCAACGCAACGGGCCGACCUCCAAGAAGCCAUUGGCGUCUUCGGCUUCAACAAAUUGGUUGCCGUUUCGUGGAUGGUUAAACGAGAGACGCAUAUAAUACCGCCGUACGGUGGGAUCCUCGCUGACGUGCCUGGUAUGGGCAAAACAAUCGUCUCGCUGGCGGCCGUUGUCGGGAACCCUCCCACGAGGGAGGAUAUAGAGGCUUCCCAAGCAGCGACGCUUAUUGUCCUGCCCAACUCCACGGUUCUAAACCAGUGGGUAGAGCAGAUUCAUGCCCAUGUGCAUAUCACGGGGAACCCGUACAUCUACAAGAGGAGCCAGAACCAACUCGGCGAGCACCAACUCGGUGGUAUGCAUCUGGUGCUUACAACGUACUCCGAGCUGCAACGAAGCUAUCCAUCCCAAAAGCUCCGCCAGAAGAUCAGGGAGAAACACAGUCGCGAGGUUGGCGACGGCUCUGGCGAGGUGAUCGUUAACGAGCCUGCGUACGAAGCGGAGCUGGAUCAUCACAUUGGUGUCUUGUUUCGUGUCAAAUGGUACCGGGUCGUUCUUGACGAAGUCCAUCAGAUCAAGAACUACGACUCGCAUACCUGCUUCGCAACGGAGCAUCUCCAAGCAAAACACUUUUGGGGCCUCAGCGGUACGCCAUUGAUCAACGGUGCUAUGGAGCUGUUUCCCUACUUGAGAGUCAUACGAUACGAGGAGGAAGAGACGCAGGAGAGAUUCGAGGCCAAGUAUCUCAAAUCGAACGAGGCAAAAGAAGAGAUUGACGCCCUCAUCUACCUAAUCACAUACCGGAGGACCCAUGAUGACCUAUUCCUGGGCCAGAAGAUGCUCAGUCUUCCCGUGUCGCAUGCGGGUGACCAGUGGGUGACGCUGUCAGCCGAAGAGAGAAUCAUCUACGACUUAACCUCCUUGUGGUUCGAGGAUCGCGCCCUUGCAAAAGUGGCGUUGCUUCACCGCCAGCGGCAAGCCGUAUCGCACCCUUACAUGCUUGAGAGUUUCUUCCGCCGGGGGAUUGAGGCAGACUUUCUUCGCCAGUAUAUCGACGAACUAUCCAAAGUCGAGGGCAAGAAGCCCGUCUACCUUCAAAUUGGCAACUGGAUUGACCGUCACAUUCUCGAGGAAUCUGGCGAGCCGAGGCGAGGAAUCGCCACGGACCGCCCUUACCUCCGGCCUUUUGGCAGGUCUCCAUUUGGGAGCACGUUUAAGAUGACCGGACUUCUCGAACUGGCUUUCAACGAGAAGACGCUGGAGGACACGACAUGCGGGAUAUGUAAGGUUGAUGGACCUAUCUGCAAUCCUGUGGUCACCAAAGAGUGUAAGCACAUCUUCUGUGCGGAGUGCGUCGCUGACGAGAUGGACAAGCACACUCUGAGUGGACCUUGCGCGAUGAAGUGCCCGACUUGCGACGCGGACUGGAAAGGAAGGGUCGAGCUUGAGACACUUGAUACCUCGAAAGAAAAAGUUAUCGAAGCCAAUAUCGCAGCGAAGAAAAACCAGUCCAACCACAAGAACUCGACCAAAAGGAACGUGAAGCGGAGAAGGCCUGUCAGGGAGCAGGAAGAGGACCCAGGUAACAACAGCGUGGCUCGGCGACCUGGCGAAGAUUCUCUGGGAUUCAAGCCGGCUUUUGGAGAGUGUGAAGGAGAGUUCUUCACCAAGGCCGUCCAUUCCGAUGAAUAUGGCGGAAAAGGCGUGCCGGCUCCCGGAGCCAAGGUUACAGCCGUCAAGGACACAGUCUUGCGAUGGCAGGAGGAGGAUCCAGAACAUAAGGGUAUCAUUUUCACCCAAUUCAUCAUGACGUCCCAGAUUAUCGGACAAAUGUUGCAGCUCGAAGGCAUCGAAUUCGUCUACCUUAACGGCAAGGUGACGCCUCACCAGAAGAUCACUGCUGUCAAGGCCUUUUGGGAGAAACCCGAGAUAAAGUAUAUGAUCGCAUCUAUGCGCUGCGGCGGUCAAGCUCUGAACCUGACGUGCGCGAACCGAGUGAUCAUGGUUGAUGUCUGGUGGAAUAAGGCGGCUGAAGAGCAGGCCUUUGGACGGGUGUUCCGACUCGGCCAGGUCAAGGAAACGCAUUACGUCCGUAUCCUGGCGCGGAAGACGGUGGAUGAGCGCAUACGAGACCUGCAGGAUAGCAAGGAGGAGGAGAUUUCGCGUGUGCUCCAGGAUGAUGGGCAUGUUCUGUCCGAGCGCUCCGAAUUCUGA